UCUCCACCCUAAUUUCUCUCCAUCUCUUCUCUUCUCCAUCUUGUCUCCCAUCUCUUCUCAACCCCGUCACCUCGCCUCCAUCUCUUCUCCACUCCACCCCGUCGCCUCCAUCCUCCAGCCGUGCUCUCGCCUCAGGUCUCCACGUCGGCGCCCCUCUACCUACGUCUUCAACUUCACGCUGUCACCGGUUGAUACAGUGGUUUGAGUGGGAGUCUUACAAGAGGAAGUUUGAUAUGAGGUUCAAUCUGUUCAUAGUGCAUCUGAUGAAGCCCAAUGUCAUGUUGGUGAGGUUGACAAAGCGUUUGGAGUGGGAGGACUACGAGGUGAGGGUGGAGAUGAGGUUUAGCAAGGAUUUGGAGGGGGAGGACUACAAGAUCAAGUCGGACCAUCGGUUGGAGAUGAGGUAUAAAAUGCAUCUGAGGAUGCCCAACCUAAUGUUGAUGAGGUUGAGAAAGGAUUUGGAGGGGGAGGACUACAAGAUGAUCAAGUUGGACCAUCGGUUGGAGAUGAGGUUCAAAAUGCAUCUGAGGAUGCCCAACCUAAUGUUGAUGAGGUUGAAUGAUGACGAGCGGUGGCGGGUGUUGAGCAGUUUAAUUAAUUAA